CCGUCCAAUCUGCCCAACCUUCGUCGCCUCUUUGUCGAAGCUCGUACCGAAGCAGAGGAGAGCGCAUAUUCAAGAAAUGCCUUCUACAACUUGGUCUUGUUCAUCUCGUCGGUCGCUGCUUUCAGCAUAGUCGCUCAACGAUCGACCGCGCAACGAUGA